AUGUUUUAGGAAGUCUAAUUAAAUUAUUUUAAAGUUCCAAGUGUUAAAUUUGAAGAAACAUAAUUGCUGGCGAUCCUGGAUUGUUCAGGAUCUAUGUAUAAUUAUUGGUAAUAUGUGGCCAAGUAUUACAAUGAAAUUAGGCAUAAAGUAAAAUUACAUUGUGCAAUUACAUUUGAUACUAGAGUAAAAACAAUUCCUUAGGCUGAACUUGGAUCAAAUAUUAACACAUAUGGUGGAGGAGGAACAAACAUAACAAUAGCCUUUUAGGAGUUAAACAAAUUGUUGUAUUCUCUAAAAUAAAAGAAAAAUGUUACAGUUUUAUUUGUGUCAGAUGGACAAGGUGAUUUUUCAAAGGAAUUCAUCGAUAAGACAAGGCCAGCAAUAGAAAAUUUAAAUUUUAUUUGUAUUGGAGUAGGAAAGGGUUUUCCUACAUUCAUAUCUAUGGAUUUAAGAGAAAUGUACCAUAAUGGAGACAAAUCUAUUCCUCCUUUAUUUUUAGUUGACAUAUAAGAUGGAGAUCAGCCGUUAGAUAAGAGAUUUUAAAUUGAAAUGUUGGCAGCAGCUGAGUAUAUGAAACAUCAGAAAUAAAUAAAGAUUUCACCUUGCUAUUAGUUCCCUUGGGAUUAAUUGACAGAUAAGGUUUGGCCUGAUUCUUGGGUCUCAUUUUAUUCGGAUGAAUUGGAAACAGAAGAUGGAAUUUUAUAAAAAAUAGAGGUAAAAGGAGAAGAAAUUGGAUUAAUAGCAGGAUAUUGGCUAUAAAAUCUAUAAUUGAUGUCUUUAAAAAAAAAGGUUGCAUAGGAAGCCCAAAUGGCCCUAUAAGAGCUCAAUAAAUUCGUGAGUGGAAAAAAGUUGACCUUUUUAGAGAGAGUGUAGGAAUAGAAAACAGCACUUAAUUAAGUGAUUUAGGAACUUAAAUUUUUGGCAUCUGCUUAAACUUUAUAAGAAUUAGAUGAAGCAACAGCUGCCCAAAGACUUAAAAUUGGUACAUUAAUUGGAAAGUAUCACAAAAAAGCUUUGAAAUUUGCAGGAGUGUCUGUAGAAGCAUUUUAAACGUAUAAGUCAGAAUUUAUAGCAAUGAUUGAGAAAACCAAAUUUGUCAAUCACAACUUCCCUACUUCAAUACUGUCCUUAUAAAAUUAAGUUGAUAUUCUAACAGAUCCUGAAUUAAUAGAGGGUAUUAAGACAUGUGAAACACAAUAUCAUUUAGUAUCAUCUCUCCCUAUUAUUGGAUACGCAUUGUAUGUAAAAAGAUCAGAUCAAUCAAGAAUCAAUCCCUAUACGGUUGAAGUAUAAAAUAUCGCCAAGAUUAAUAAAUAUAUAGAUUCAUUAGCAAUUAUUGAUUCUGCAAAUCAUGAAAUUGAAUUUAAUAUUGGAGAUAAUGAAAAGGAGAAGUUUAAUUGCUUGGUUCCAUUAUAUCAGCAUGAAGUCCUUAUUCCUUUCCUAAGAUCAAACAUAUUCCAUAUUUAAAUGACUUUUGUAUUGAUGGAAAACGCAGAUACAUGCUUUGAAAAUGCAUAUGCUGCAUUAUUAGGAAACACUUUAUUGUAUAUGAUUUGCUAGGAUGAAAACUAAUGGAAAUAUGAAAUGAUUGAAUUGAUUAAUUCUAGUUUUAUGUUGACUUAUGCGGAAUCAAGCAAGGUUAAAUAUCACAUGGAUCAUUUGUUAUCAGAUCCAAUAGGAACUAUGGCUGAUGAAAACUUAUCAUCAAAGACCCAAUGUGAAGAUUUAUCAAAAACUAUUUUGAUGAUAAACUAGAUUAAGAAUAAUUUCAAAUAGGAUCAGUUUAAGAUAAUAAUACAAAGACUAGUGAUUGAAGCAAUAAGUAGAUCUACAAAAGCUUAUAAUAACUUAUUCAAAAGAGUUAUGGAAGUUGAUUUGUAAUUGGAAAAUGAAACUGUAAAUAAUAUUAAAUCAUCAUUUACUGAAGAAGAAUUUGAAAAUAUUUAAGAUUAUGAAACCUUGAAAUAACAAAUAGAAGUUAAAAUUAAAAAUCUAAAUAUUGACUUCAAUACUUUAAUAAGUAAGAUGGAAUUCAAUAAGCCUUUAUUCAUAAAGAUAAUUGAUGAACAGAAGUUUAAUAUAAAGACCUUAUAAUCAGUUUAUAGAUAUUUUUUGAAUGAAGAAUUACCUGAAGAACUUUAUAUAAUUGCUGUUUAUCAUUCAAGAAUUGAAAAGUCUUAUGAUAGAGCUAAAAAGGAGGUAGAAUGGAAUGUGGAUAAGAUUUUUAAUGAAUUACUUGUUCAAGAUCAAAUAAAAGAAAAAUAAUAUUAAAUAAGCUAAGCUGUAUUUGACCAAUUAAGAAUAAAAUGCAAUCAACUUCAAAAAAUUAAAAAGAAUAAGAAUUAUAAUGGAUAAAAAAUGCCAAGAGUGGAAAGGAGAAGAAUUAGAAAACAAAAACUAAGAGCUCAGAAACUUCUAUUAUAACAAUAACCAUGA